CCCCCGGCUGCAGCUCCUGCACCGUGUGGCUGCUCGAGGCGGAGGCUUCAUGUUCCCCACCGAUCCUCCGGACGGAUCCGCCCAGGAAGUAGAGAGAGAGAGAGAGAGAGAGAGAGAGAAGCAGCCAGGUCCCACGUAACGUUAGAUUCACAAAGAGAGAAAGUGGAGGAAGCACCGCUCCUCCGCACUUUAACCUGCGGGGCGGAUUCACGCACUUUUCAGACGUUAACGCAGGAGCCGGAGGAGGUCACGCGUCAUGGAGAUCUAACGCGGGUUUGAAUGGCGGCGGCGCCUUUGAUUCACGACACUGCGACAAAGUAACGUCAGAAAAAAAGAGACGAGGAGGGAGAGAGAGGAAGAAGAAGGAGAAGAAGGAGAGAAAGAAGGAGCAGGAGGAGGAGAAGAGUAGUUUGUGUUCACGGUGUUUUCCUUUGUGUUCGAACCCUCCGGAUCCUGUCACCAUGACGCCGGACCUCCUGAACUUCAAAAAGGGAUGGAUGUCAAAGCUGGACGACAGUGGAGAGUGGAAGAAGCACUGGUUUGUUCUGACGGACGCUGGACUGAAGUACUACAGAGACUCCAGUGCAGAGGAGAAAGAUGAUAUGGACGGAGAGAUUGACCUAAAAUCCUGUGUGAAGGUGUCUGAGUUCGACGUGGAGAAGAACUACGGCUUUCAGAUACAGACGAGGGAGGCCGUGUUCACGCUGUCCGCCAUGACGGCUGGGAUCAGGCGGAACUGGAUAGAGGUUUUAAAGAAGUGCAUACGACCCAGCAGCUCCCCAGACCUCACACAAUUACCUGACAGCAGCAGCGACAAGGAAAACUCCCAUUCACGCUUCCUGCUGUCCUCCCGUCGCCCGUCAUCACGCCAUGCCAAUGAUCAAUUAGACGUUCCAUCCUCCGUGCCUCAGCGCAGGUUUGACUACGUCGAGCUGUCGCCCGUUCCCGCCUCCUCCGGUCCUCUUCCAGCCAGCCAGCGAGAGGCAGGAGAAGGGCAGGGGAGGGAGAGCCAGUGGCAGGAGGAGAGGAACACGAGCAGCCAGUGGGAGGCCUUGCUGUCCAGAAAGGGCACGGGCGUGGGAUCGAACCAAAGGCUACGCAUGGAGGACGAGAUAGAGAGGAAGUGGGCGGAGUUUGAACGCUUGCCGCUAAAAGAGAUGAGCUCAAUUGGAUCAAGGCUCUCCGGCCAGUCAGCCAAUGAGGCGCUGCAGAGGGAGGUGGCGUCACUGAGGCAGCAGCUGGAGCAACUACAACAGGGGGGGAGAAGAGGAGGAGGCGGAGGGGGUGGAGGAGGGGAUGUGCGGGGUGGCUGCGGCCCAGACGCUCCAUGUGGCCGCAGCCUGGCGGCCAUGGAGCGUGCUCACAGACAGGCGCUGGAGGAGCUGCAGAGGCAACACGAACGCCAGAUCAAGGAGCUGGAGACGGAGAAGGACAGGCGGCUGCUGGAGGAGACUCAGGACACCGCACGAGUGAUGGAGGCUUUGAAGAAGAAACACAAAGAGGAGCUGGACAGAGAAGUGGAGAGAGUGAAGAGGCUGAGCAGCGGAGUGCUCGACUCACAGACCCUACGAGCUCAGCAACAGGCAGAAACCCAGUCCCUUCAGAGAGAGCUGGCCGGACUCUCUGAGCGCUACUCUCAGAAGUGCCUGGAGCUGAAUCGAGCGGAGCAGAGCAGCGCUGAGAGAGAGCGAGAGAUCAGCCGCAAGGAAAGAGACAUGGAGCAGCUGAGGAAAGAGAACCAGGACUUGAAGGCCCGUUUGACAGAGGAGAUGAGCCGUGUACGAUCCACCGUAGAUCAGGGCUCGAAGGACAAUAAAGACAGGACGUCCUGUGAACUCGAGGUUCUUCUCAGGGUGAAAGAAAACGAGAUAGAUUACUUACAGAAGGAGAUUAGCUGCUUAAGGAAUGAACUGCAGUUUCUCAACACGGAGAAACGUCUGGCCUGUGAACGAUACACGGAGGUGCACGAGGAGCUGAGUGGCAUGAAGGGCCGGAGCGAGCGAGAGAUCCAGAGUCUAAAGGAGCACCUGAGGCUGGCCAUGGCUGCUCUGCAGGAGGGACAAAAACUGGGCAACAGCCUGGACCACUGAGAACCUGCUGCUGGUACUAAUGUGCUGGAAGAUGCAGUGACAGGUGACUGAAACAAAGAGAGGAGAGGAGAUUGAGGAGCAGAGGGGCCGACUGUUGGAUUUGUACAGUUCCAGCUGUGGGGGCCAUGACGGUGCCUUAGUUUUCAAUCAUUCUGCCAACGAGCAGCAUAGAGUAGCUAUUAGCUGGUUUAAUUACACUGGGCCACACAUGAUAUAUAAAACUGCACUUUUUCAUUUUUUUUAUUGGAGCUUUUGCUUUUGUGAGUGAAAGCGUGUAUGAGUGCACAUUUUGUCUUAGAACUGGGACAUUUGUUGAGUGGCAUGUUUUAUCUUUUUUUUUUUUUAUCAGGUGUUGUAGAUAAAGACUUCAUGCUGCAUCAGCUUUUUUUUUUUUUUUCUCAUGGCCACUGUGUCUUCUCCCUGAGGCAGCAGGAGUCAGCACAGUUACAGAAGAGCUACUGUCAUCUCAGUUUUCUGUUGUACAGCUUUUCAUUCAGUGUUUUCUUUGUGAAAACCGCCCUCGUUUCUUUACAAACGGGAGCUUAUCACGUGGUGUUAUUAUUUUCUAUCUUGCAGCAUUGAGAACAAAACUUGGGAUCAAUACAGGACAAGACAGCAAACAUUUCUACUUCCUGGCGAGCUGAAUAGAAAGUUGUUCCACUUGUAUAGAAUCCUAUCCAGGAUCAACUUUCUCUGCGGAAGCUUGUGAGAGCUGUUGAAUGAAUGUUGCCCCACAUCACAGAUGUCUUCAUCUUUGUGUGAAACCUCGGCCGAGACGCUUCCAGUUGCGCCUGAUCGUUGUUGGAGUUUAUGUUCCUCCACCACAACAAAUGACAGGUGUUGCAUUGAUGAGCCAAUUUUUUUUUUUUUUAUGGACAGUAUGUAUUGUGAUAAAAUUACUUAUCUACCUGCCUUUUGAAAACGGUUUCAUAUUUAAUGUACCGAAGAACCUGUAUCGUCUUUGUAAAUUAUACACAUUUUUGCAAUCAAUAAAAAAGU